UAGGCGGAAGAGUGGUGGCGGUGGUGGAAUAUAAGGCUCAUGUGAUCUGUCACAUGACAGCAGACCUGCGGAAGGUCAGAAUGGGACUCCAAGCCUGCCUCCUAGGGCUCUUUGCCCUCAUCCUCUCUGGCAAAUGCAGUUACAGCCCGGAGCCUGACCAGCAAAGGACGCUGCCCCCAGGCUGGGUGUCCCUGGGCCGUGCGGAUCCUGAGGAAGAGCUGAGUCUCACCUUUGCCCUGAGACAGCAGAACCUGAAAAGACUCUCGGAGCUGGUGCAGGCUGUGUCGGAUCCCAGCUCUUCUCAAUACGGAAAAUACCUGACCCUAGACCAUGUGGCUGAUCUGGUGAGGCCAUCCCCACUGACCCUCCACACAGUGCAAAAAUGGCUCUUGGCAGCUGGAGCCCGGAACUGCCAUUCUGUGAUCACACAGGACUUUCUGACUUGCUGGCUGAGCAUCCGACAAGCAGAGCUGCUGCUCCCUGGGGCUGAAUUUCAUCACUAUGUGGGAGGAACUGCAGAGACCCAUGUUGUAAGAUCCCCACAUCCCUACCAGCUUCCACAGGCCUUGGCCCCCCAUGUGGACUUUGUGGGGGGACUGCACCGUUUUCCCCCGACAUCAUCCCUGAGGCAACGUCCUGAGCCGCAGGUGGCAGGGACUGUAGGUAUGCAUCUGGGGGUGACCCCAAAUGUGAUCCGUAAGCGAUAUAACUUGACCGCACAAGACGUGGGCUCUGGCACCAGCAAUAACAGCCAAGCCUGUGCCCAGUUCCUGGAGCAGUAUUUCCGUGACUCAGACCUGGCUAGGUUCAUGCACCUCUUCGGUGGCAACUUUGCACAUCAGGCAUCAGUAACCCGUGUGGUUGGACAACAGGGCCGGGGCCGGGCCGGAAUUGAGGCCAGUCUAGAUGUGCAGUAUCUGAUGAGUGCCGGUGCCAACAUCUCCACCUGGGUCUACAGUAGCCCUGGCCGGCAUGAGGGACAGGAGCCCUUCCUGCAGUGGCUCAUGCUGCUCAGUAAUGAGUCAGCCCUGCCACAUGUGCAUACUGUGAGCUAUGGAGAUGAUGAGGACUCCCUCAGUAGCGCCUACAUCCAGCGGGUCAACACUGAGCUCAUGAAGGCUGCCACUCGGGGUCUCACCCUGCUCUUCGCCUCAGGUGACAGUGGGGCUGGGUGUUGGUCUGUCUCUGGAAGACACCAGUUCCGUCCUUCCUUCCCUGCCUCCAGCCCCUAUGUCACCACAGUGGGAGGCACAAGCUUCCAGAAUCCUUUCCUCAUCACAAAUGAGAUUGUUGACUAUAUCAGUGGUGGUGGCUUCAGCAAUGUGUUCCCACGGCCUUCAUACCAGGAGGAAGCUGUAGCCAAGUUCCUGAACUCUAGCCCCCACCUGCCACCAUCCAGUUACUUCAAUGCCAGUGGCCGUGCCUACCCAGAUGUGGCUGCACUUUCCGAUGGCUACUGGGUGGUCAGCAACAGUGUGCCCAUUCCAUGGGUGUCUGGAACCUCGGCCUCUACUCCAGUGUUUGGGGGACUCCUAUCCUUGAUCAAUGAGCACAGAAUUCUCAGUGGCCGCCCCCCUCUUGGCUUUCUCAAUCCAAGGCUCUACCAGCAGCAUGGGGCCGGACUCUUUGAUGUAACCCAUGGCUGCCAUGAGUCCUGUCUGAAUGAAGAGGUGGAGGGCCAGGGUUUCUGCUCUGGCCCUGGCUGGGAUCCUGUGACAGGCUGGGGAACACCCAACUUCCCAGCUUUGCUGAAGACUCUACUCAACCCCUGACCCUUUCCUAUCAGGAGAGGUGACUUGUCCCCUGCCCUGAACCUGGCAGUUCAGUACCUUAUUUUGCCCUGUUGGAAGCCCUGCUGAAUCCUCAGCUGCACACUGAUGCAGACAGCUUAUCUCCCUAACCCUGAAAUGCUGUGAGCUUGACUUGACUCUCAACCCUACCAUGCUCCAUCAUACUCAGGUCUCCCUACUCCUGCCUUAGAUUUCUCAAUAAGAUGCUGUAACUACCAUUUUUUGAAUGCCUCUUCCCCCGCAGCGCAUCUUUCUCUUUUCAAUCAGGCUUUUCCAAAGGGUUGUGUACAGACUCUGUGCACUGUUUCACUUCAUAUUCACUCCUCAAUUCAUUGCAAGGAGACCUCUACUCUCACCUUUUACUCUUUCCUAUCCUGACAUCCAGAAACAAUGGCCUACAGUGCAUACUUCUCAAUCUUGGCUUUAUGGCCUUUCCAUCAUAGUUGCCCACUCCCUCUCCUUACUUAGCUUUCAGGGCUUAACUUCUCUGACCCCUGUUAUCUUUCUCCUUCAUCAACUUCUACUUCUUCAUGGAAUGCUGAUCUUCAUUGCUCCAUUUGUAGGCUUUUGCUUUUCUCAGUUUACUCAUUGUUCCGGGGAAUAAAUCACUGACAUCUACAACCAUUAUCAUCUCACUAAAUAAGACUUUCUAUCCAAAAGUGAUUGAUACCUCAAAUGUAAGAUGUGUGAUACUCAACAUUUCGUAUUCCACCUUCCCAACCCCAAACAAUUCCAUCUCGUUUCUUCUUGGCAAAUGAUGCUAUGCUUUUUCCCACCAAGCCAGAAACCCGUGUCAUCUUUCUACCCCACCUUCAAUCAACAAGUCCUAUUGACUGUACCUCUUAAAUAUAUCUUUAUCAGUCCACAAGUCCUUCCAAUUAUAUUUCCCAAAUAUAUCUAGAACGUAUCCACUUCUAUCCCCACUACUACUACAUUAGUUUAGGGCCAUGUUCUCCUGGGAAAAAACAAACAAAAAAACAAAAAACA